GUCAUCACGCAAUCACUCCCUGUCAGCAGGUGGUGCUGCUGUGCGUUUUGAAGACGAAGAGGCGAAAAGAAAACGAAUAAGAAAACAUCAUCAUCAACCAGGCAGACAGGCUUUGAUUGAAGAAAACAGCAGGAUUGUCCCUCUUUUCUGUAUCGGAUUCGCUCUUUGCCUCCCACUGAGUGCCGCAGGACUGCUGGGAGUUUAGCUUCUCUUCCGGCCCACCAACAUGCCAGCUGCACUUGCAGAUUCCAGUCAGAUCAUCUGUGAAGUCUGGGCGAGCAAUGUGGAAGAAGAGAUGAAAAAGAUCAGACAGAUUAUCCAAAGCUACAACUACGUCGCCAUGGACACAGAGUUCCCUGGGGUCGUUGUGCGGCCAAUCGGAGAGUUUCGCAGCACGGUGGACUACCAGUACCAGCUGCUGAGGUGCAACGUGGACCUCCUGAAGAUCAUCCAGCUCGGACUCACGUUCAUGAACGAGGACGGCACUUAUCCUCCGGGCACGACGACGUGGCAGUUCAACUUCAAAUUCAACCUCACAGAAGACAUGUAUUCGCAGGACUCCAUCGACCUGCUGCAGAACUCCGGCCUCCAGUUCAAAAAACACGAAGAAGAAGGAAUCGACACGCUGUACUUUGCAGAGCUCCUCAUGACGUCCGGCCUGGUGCUUUGUGAAAACGUCAAGUGGCUCUCCUUCCACAGCGGUUAUGACUUUGGCUAUCUGGUGAAGCUUCUGACUGAUGCUCGGCUUCCCGAGGAGGAGCACGACUUCUUUCAGAUCCUCAACUUGUUUUUUCCUGCAAUCUACGACGUCAAGUACCUGAUGAAGAGCUGCAAAAGUCUCAAGGGAGGCCUGCAGGAAGUAGCCGAUCAGCUGGAGCUGAAGAGGAUCGGACGGCAGCAUCAGGCCGGAUCCGACUCACUGCUCACAGGGAUGGCUUUCUUCAGGAUGAAAGAGCUUUUCUUUGAAGACCACAUCGACGACGCCAAGUACUGCGGUCGGCUAUACGGCCUGGGAUCUGGAUCCAGCCAGCCACAGAACGGGCUCUCUGGGUCGGGACAGGAGGAGACCAACAACAAACACUGAGCGGCCGCUCAGCUUCGCUCGUUUAAAAAAAAAAAAAAAAAAAAAAAAAAAAUAUUUCUGCUCUCCAAGGAACUUGUGUGAACAUAUCUGAGCGACUUUUUCAGUGGACUCGGAGCGGGAACAGAUCCCUUAGCGGCCGACUCGUUUCUUUCCAUGUCAGUUUUUAGCCGAGUCUCAGGCCAAACAAGUCGGAUCAAUUUUUUUUAAACGUGUUUGUUUUUACAGCGUGGGACCAGCGCCUGACAUCCUGGGAUUUUAAAGACUUCUCUUUCGUUCCCCCCCUGCAGGGAUUUAUUUUUUUAAGUUAAUGCUGGAAGGGCCUGUAAAUUAAAAUGUAUAAGUUCAACAAAAAUUAAAAAUGUUUUAGCUCA